AGCUGAUCGGCCAAACUGCCCGCCAUUCGCAUCCAUUCAUUAUCUCGUUACCAGUAAUAACAACGUACCACCCCCGUUCACCACGAGCCACCGUCACAUCCGGGCGUAUACGGCCGUCUGAAGAAAGGGACUGGGAUCGUUAAUAAUUCCUAGUAUCCCUACGCAGCCCUGUUCGCCCUCAUCCCGGGUUGGCCAGUGCCAUCGGAUAACCAGCCAUCCUUCCGCAGACCGACGAUAAUAUCGCCCUUGCCUUGCGGCAACCCGGAUUCCCGUCCCACCACCGCGGCUUGGGCUUCCUUGCCCCGUGUUCAAAACAACUUCCCCCGCCUCACCUUAGCCUUCUACCUACAUGCACCAACAUAACAAGGGCGAGCAUGAGCCAUCCGUGCCAGUAAUGGACAGUUCUCCCCAGCAAACCGAGACGCUGGUCUCGGGCCUCAAUGACUUCCCCGAGUCGGGCACAGUUUCCGAACCCGCCGCCAACCUCGACCCUGACCUCGACCUCGACCUCGACUUCGACCUUGCUUCCCACGACUCCGGUGUCGUCGUACUGGAAUCGGCCAACUCCAACGCGCAUCACCCGCCUUCUCCAUCACCAGCCGACACCCUGGACGACCCAGCUGCCGUAAUGCGGAAGCUUUUGAAAGGAAAGGAGGAGGAAUGGAACGCCGCUUCCAGAAGGACGGGGAAGCUUACCCUGCUCGAGCUUCCCCUUGACGUCCUCCGCCUUAUUGUCAACGAGGUCGUCCAUACCAAUGACCUGACCGGCCUCGCCCUAACCAACUCGACGCUUUACAACCUGGCCGUGCCCCAUAUCUACUCGAGAUUCGACAUCGUGUGGCCCGACCUCACUCACCUCUCGCAGUCCGACUCCAAGAGCGUCGACGCCCUCACAUUCGGUCUUUCCACCCUCUGCCUCGGCAGCCACUUCGCCCACCACACCCGGAGAUUGCUCUCCCCCAACAAGUCCCGUCACCUCGGCCCAUCGGUACCCCGCCUGAAGAACGACUACGCGAGCUACAUCAAAAAGUUCUCUCUCGGAAAUGGGCCUGAUGACUGGGUGGCCGAAUACAUGAUCACCAAGGAGAGCGGCAAGAUGCUGGGCACCCUCGUCGCCCUCGCCGUGGCCAAGAUGACCAGCCUGGAGACGUUCGUGUGGGACAUGCCCACUGGUGUGCUUUCCGACAUCUUCAUGGCCCUGGCCUCCCUCGGGGACCACAGCCCCGAUGCCGACUCCAAGCUGGAGCGUGUCUGGGUGCGGUGGCACGACAACUCGGAAGUCUCGUCGUCUUCUGCCGCCGCCAGUCCGGGGCCCGGCGCCGGGGACCAAGACGACGUCGUGCCCGUCGGUAGCACCAUGACGCCCAUCGGCAUCCUCAUUCCCUCGACUGCCACCCAUCCUCGUCCCCGUGGGCCGAUUCCCUACUCCGAAAGCCGGGUGGAGUUCCCGACGUUUGCCGUCCUGCCUCCGCUCAAAAGCCUCUCCGUCCUUGACAUCGAUGAGCUGUCCUACCUAGACGAAAUGGCUGUCGUCAUCGAGAGGUCGCAAGGUCGGCUUGAGGAGUUGCGUGUGGGCAUUUCCCCCAAGGCCGUCCACAAGGACUUUGUCCAGGCGUGGGACGGACCGGGCCUGCAUCAGGUCGACCGCAACGCUCGCUGGCCGGGCGAGGCCGUCAUUGGCGACCGUCGGCUGGGCGGCAUCUUGGGCGUCUUGGUGGGCAGGAUCUACGAUAUCAGGAGGAAGCAGGCUUCCAAGUCCAAAGGGAAGGAAUCUCCUCCGUCCACGACGGCACCGUCGGCUCACGAACCGAGUGGGCAGCAUCACCCCACAACGUCUUCCGGUUUGAACGCAGGUUCGGCUUCAUCUGCCUCGUCCCUACUGAUCCAGGGCUCUGCGGCGGAAGGAGGCUCGUCGUUGAGCAGGCCAGAGCACGGGCCAGCGUCGACGGGCGACGGCGACGGCGCCGGCGACGGCGCCGGGGAGGGUGAAUUGGAGGCUGGGAGAAAGCGUCUCGAUGGCAAACUGAGACUGAAGACCCUCGAGCUGGAGAGAGUCCCCAUCUCGAUCCAGGUUGCCUGUAAAGCCAUCGACUGGACUCUGUUGUCCAGCUUGACCAUCCUGAACUGCAGUCACCACGAGAACCUCUGGAAGGCCCUCCGAAAGCAGUUCCAACCCACCACGUGGACGGCCUACGACCGGUCAUGCUCGUCGUCGUCAAGACACCCUUCGUCGUCUACUACGCAGACACAUCACCACCCUACGACGCUGAUGAAGAAGCAGGUGCAAUACAGGUUGAAUUUGAAGAAGAUACACACCGAUAUGGCGUCGGUCGCGCUGGUCAACUUCCUGAAGGAGACGUUGGCGCCCAACAGCCUGGAGGUGUUCUUUUUGCAGGACCGUCGGCAGUCCGGACCUCCCCCGGCGACCAUCGAGCAAAUCUUCAAGGGACCCAUCAGGAGGCACCGAUCGAGCCUCCGCAAGGUCCUCCUCGAUAGCUCGGGCCACAGGAUGCCCAGCGGCAACUUUGCAGAGCCGUUCCGCUGGCUUUACUGGAUGGCGACAUCGGAGAUGGUCGCCUACAUGACGAGCGGGCGCAUGACCAACUUGCGGGAGCUUUCCCUAUGCCUGCAUUACAGAGAUUGGCACACCUUUCUCCAGAGGCUCCCCAACGUGCCUCAGCUGCGGUCCAUACAUCUGCCCAAAAUAGCAGACCACGUCUCUGGCAACUUGGAACCCAGAGAGCUCGCAUUGCAGAUCGUCGACAUUGUCACACUUUGUCCGGACAUCCAGCUCGGCUACGUGGGCAUCGAGCAGAAAUGCUUCGAAAUUCUGGAAAGCAAGCCGUCGGACACGGCGGCGCCCGGUUUGGCGGGUGCGGAAUCCGGUGCAGCGGAGAAUCCGAACACGGAUGACGAGGCGGAAGAGGACGACGGCAGUAACGCCGAUGAUAACGCGUCUAUUACGUCCGACGGGCAGACGGUUGAUCAGCAGGGGACUUUGGUGGACGAACAGGGUGGUGGUGGUGCUGGGGAAGACGGUGGCGGGAGCGAAGACGAGGAGGUAGACGACUCGGGUUCCGACGUGUCUUCCGGCACGGCGAAUUCGUCCGACACGGACUCUUCGCGGGGCGUCUUCUCGGAUGGAAAGCCGCGGAUACGUCUUCGCGAGAUUCUCUUUUACGACGACAAGGUGGCCAUCUUCAAGGCGAGACAUGGAAGGCUGUAGGCUACGCGGUUUUCUCGGGUCGAGCACCUCUGUCGCCGUUCGUCGGUUUCUGUCUAGUCCCGCCAUGACGCCAGCUCACGAAACUGGCCCGCUUCAUUCCAACCAAGGGCGGGACGGGAAUAGAAGCAACAAACCCGUGACAUGCAGCCCAAGGUGUUACCUUUUUUUUUUUUUUUUUUUUUUUUCCUUUUUUU